AUGGUGGUUGCUAGGGAAAAGAGAUAUCGCAAACAUACCUUUGAUCUAAAGCAACGGGUUCACGAGGCGGAAUAUAGCCAGCUGCAGCGACCAAUUGACCCGAGAACAAAACGGCCAAUUGAACCGGCACAUAAAUUUGAAGUGAAUAUCGAAUCCGAUUCAUCCUCGUUAACGAAGUUGGUUAUAGUACUGUAUUCUGUCUUUUUGGACUAUCAAACCAAGGUGCAUAAAGACCCUGAGGAUAGGUGGAAACAGUCAGACUAUAAACGCUUUCUUUGCUCCGGUAUUGGCCGCAAGACAGUGCGGCAAGGUGGUAAGGAGCAAAAAUUGGGGUCAUACCACCAGUGCUACCGACUCGACGGACAACUUAUUGCUGUCGGCGUUCUUGAUAUGUUACCGCAUGAUACGUGUCCUUUCUCGGGAUCGCAAGUCGGCGAAGAUCAAAUGACUAGACCGGAAGAUAAUUUCAUCCUCCCCGAUGAAGAAGAUAUGUCUCUCUUCGAUAUCGAUAUGCCGGGGGUUUUGACAUUAGAUGAGCUCAAAGCCCAAGUUGAUCUUGAUCACUGUCGUUUACUUGUGCAUAACUCCCUAGUAGAAAUGACCGACUUGGUCGGAUGGGAGAGUUCAGAUAUCAAGAACCCUCAUGCAAUCAAAGGCAUUAUCGCCGAGCUUGCUGCCACCCUGGGCCCGAAAAGCUCCGACGCCGAAACCCCGCGACAGUCAAAAACAGUUCGGGAUGCGAAGUUGAACCGGUGCUGUCCCGGCCGCCAUUCGUUUCUUUUGGAGAUCCUUCUCUGGUUAACAAAUAUGAGUCUCGAUCAGUCAGCUUCAAAGCCAAGUCCCAGUGUGAGAGAUAUAGAGAAAGAUGGCGAGACGCAGCCAGCCGUCCAACGAACGCCUGUCCAGCCGCCGAAGGAAAAAGAUCCGCCGUUAUUGAGAUUUUGCCAGUCAUUCUGGCACCGGCUUGCGACAUGGGGUGUUGAGCUUCGGGGAAUUGUCCCGAUUAGCGUGGAUGAGCGAACAGACAAGCGGGCAGGCAAUGUUUUCCUUUUGUGGUUCACUGUCAGCUGCAACCUAUUGCCAGUCAUCACCGGUAUGGUGGGAACGCUCAGCUUCGGUCUCGGCUUGCGGGAUGCUAGUCUCGUAAUCAUCUUUUUCAAUUUGCUCUGCACCAUUCCUCCAGCAUAUCUCUCGAUUCUAGGUCCGAAAACUGGCCUUCGGCAGAUGAUACAAGCUCGUUAUACUUUUGGAAUAUACCUAGUCAACAUUCUCGUGUUGUUGAACCUUGCGACAGUUUCGGGAUUCACCAUCAUCGACUGCGUAAUUGGCGGCCAAACUCUUUCGGCUUUAAAUGACGGCGGCGGCGUCAGUGUCAACGUUGGAAUCGCAGUCGUAGCUGUUAUUGCUCUGUUUAUAUCGUUCUUUGGGUAUAGAGUUCUGCAUCGGUAUGAACGUUACGGCUGGAUACCUAUCCUGGUCAGCAUCAUUAUUGCGACUGGUUGCGGAGGCAAGCAUCUCAGCAAGCAGGCCGAUGCGCCUCCAGCUUCAGCGCCAGCGGUGUUGUCCUUUGGUGGUCUAAUUGCUGGCUUCCUCAUUCCCUGGGCAGCCCUCAGUUCCGACUUUUGCACAUACAUUUCACCUGAUAUUUCUUCCAAACGUAUCUUCUCCUAUGUCUACCUGGGCCUUUUCGUUCCUACUGUCCCACUCAUGAUCCUCGGAGCCGCAAUCGGCGGAGCAGUCCCCAACGUCCCAGACUGGGCAAAAGCCUACAAAAGUGGAUCUGUCGGCGGCAUAUUCGCCGCAAUGCUCUCUUCGGCCGGUGGCUUUGGCAAAUUCAUCACCGUGCUUCUCGCAUUUUCGACCUUGGGCAACAUAGCCGCGACCAUAUACUCCAUCACACUCAACUUCCAGAUCCUCCUCCCAAUCCUCGUCCGCGUCCCCCGCGCCCUCUUCGCUCUCGUCUUCAUCGCCAUAAUCAUCCCCGUCUCCAUCCGCGCCGCAGCCAGUUUCUUCCUCUCCCUUGAAAACUUUAUCGGCGUCAUCGCGUACUGGUCCGCAGCCUUCUUCUCCAUCGUCACCGUUGAACAUCUUGUAUUCCGCAAGGGCAGAUAUGGCUCGUAUGACCCGACGAUUUGGAAUGUCGGGUCUGCAUUGCCCAGCGGCGUGUCGGCGUUGGCGGCGGGGCUUUUAUCGUUCGCCUUGGUUAUCCCGUGCAUGUCGCAAACGUGGUAUGUAGGCCCGAUCGCGAAGAAGACCGGGGACAUUGGGUUCGAGGUUGCGCUGGGUUUGAGUGCUUUGUUGUAUUUGCCACUGCGGGCGGUUGAGGUUCAUAUGCGGAAGCGAUUGUAA